AGUGACUGUGGCUUUGUUGGAGAGCAAAAAGAUUACACAAUCUAUCUGUCAUUCUUCUUGCAGUCCACAGAAGCUUUGGAAUUCAUGAAACGGGACCUGGCUGAGUUCACUCAAGUAGUGCAGCAUGACACAGCCUGCACUAUUGCUGCUACGGCCAGUGUGGUCAAGGACAAGCUGGCAAGGACGGAAGGUUCCUCAGGUGCGACUGAGAAGGUGAGGAAAGGGCUCUCUGACUUCCUGGGUGUCAUAUCGGACACAUUUGCUCCCUCGCCGGAUAAGACCAUUGACUGCGAUGUCAUAACACUGAUGGCAACACCUACAGGUACCACAGAGCCCUAUGACAGUGCCAAGGCUCGCCUCUACAGCCUCCAGUCAGACCCAGCCACCUACUGCAACGAACCUGAUGGCCCUGCUGAGCUCCUUGAGGCCUGGCUCUCUCAGUUUAACCUAGAGGAUAAGAAGGGGGAGAUCGCAGAGCUGCUGGCCACCAGCCCUUCCAUCCGGGCUCUCUAUACCAAAAUGGUCCCGGCGGCUGUUUCCCAUUCUGAAUUCUGGCAGCGCUACUUCUAUAAAGUGCAUCGCCUGGAGCAGGAUGAAGCCCGGAGGGAGGCUCUGAAGCAGCGAGCGGAGCAGAGCAUUCACCAGGAGGAGCCAGGCUGGGAAGAGGAUGAAGAGGAGUUCUUGGGGAUGUCACCCCUGCCUUGUGCAAACGUGAAAUUUCCAGAAGCAGCAGAGAAAGAAUCUGCCCCUGCAGCCCUGGAGGGAAGCCACCCCACUGCUCACAAGGGACCCUCAGAGGAAAGCUGGGCCGUCCUCCCUCCGGAGCCGGCCCCAGCAGAGGGGAGCCCCUCUGAGAGCAGUGAGAGCGUCUCCCUUGUGACUCAGAUUGCAAACCCUGCCUCUGUGCCUGCUGCGCAGCUACAGACUGGAGCACAACCAGCUGGGACCGGAGACCUCUCUCAGAGGCUGGUGGAGGCCACCGCGGAAGAGCAGAGCUCCCUACCAAAGCCCCCAGAACCUGCUCAUCUUUCUGCACCUGCAUGGGAGUCAGCAGCAUCCUCAGAGCAGCCGGCUGUUACGGAGCUCAAAGAAGUGGAGAGCAAAGCCCAGGGCAGGACAGAGACUCUGAAAGAGGAAGGACCAACAGAUCUACGAGUCUUUGAGCUGAACUCGGAUAGUGGGAAAUCCACUCCUUCCAACAAUGGCAAGAAAGGCUCCAGCACUGAUAUCAGUGAGGACUGGGAAAAGGACUUUGAUUUGGACAUGACUGAAGAGGAGGUGCAGCUGGCGCUCUCGAAGGUGGAAGUGUCUGGGGAGCUGGAAGAUGAAGAGUGGGAAGACUGGGAAUAAAGCGACUGCUUCCAGUGUGUGUCACAAGCUCAUUUCCACCAUCGAAUGUGAAUUAAAUCACAGACCGGCUGUUCCUUUGUGUGUAACUGUGCUGGGGAUUGCAGUUCCAGGCUGGAGGAGUUUCGGCAACGCAAGUGACCCCUUCAGACCCGGAGGAGGAGGAAGCAGGAGUUCACUCGUACACUUAGCUGCUAGGGAG